UGUAACCUCUCUGACCUCCAUUAAUGCCACUUCACAAGUCCAAAGAAGAAAGAAGAUCCAUUUAAAGUUUUAAACCCAAUUCACCCAUUAAGACCUCAGAGUUAGAGACUCUUAACGGGCAAAAGAUGAAGGUCCUGCCCUCUUCAUGGCCAUGGCCUUCUUGUAAGCAGCCCAAGACCAUCUCUUUCAGAGCAGAUGACAACAUGUUCAAGACAGUUAACUCGGCGUACAUAGAAGCAGGAGAUGUGGUGACAACACCGGAGUCAUGGUUCACGAACUCGUCCGAGUCAGCUAGCUUCUCAACAGUUUCAGAAGAGUCAGGAGGGGAGUGUUUAGAGAAUGUGAUUCGUGGGUUGAGAUCUGAGAGGCUAUUUUUCGAGCCUGGAGAGUCAAAUUCGAUACUAGAGGAAGCUAAGGGUGGAGGAGGGAUACCAUUCAAGGAGAGUGUAGUGUUGGCUAUGGAAUCUAAAGAUCCGUAUGUGGAUUUUAGAACAUCAAUGGAGGAGAUGGUGGAGGCUCAUGGGUUGAAAGAUUGGGAGUGUUUGGAAGAGUUGCUUGGUUGGUAUUUAAGGGUGAAUGGUAAGAAGACUCAUGGUUUUAUUGUUGGGGCCUUUGUUGAUUUGCUUGUUGGCUUAGCUGCUGCUGCUGCUGAUGCUGAUGCCUCUUCUUCUUCUUCUUCUUCUGCGCCUUGUUUUCCACCUUCUUCUCCUUCUUUGUCUUCAUUAAGAGUUGAAGGGGAUAUUGAGGAGGAAGAUAAUCCUUCAAGUUCAGAGAUUUGAUUUUGAUAGUUAAACUUCAAUAUGUCAUUUUGUGUAUAUUAUUUAGGUUCUAUAAAGGAAAUUAAGAUUAGCCUUUUUAA